AGAUACGACACAAGCAAAACGAGUUCCGCAGUUGGCGAAAUCUCAAAAGUAUCCAUAUGUUGGUAACUCUACUGUGAAACGAAUAAUCCCUUCCAUUGUGUCUAAUGAUCAUCUUAAGCCAGCUGAAGAUGCUAAGUUACAGAAACUUAUGGAUUUCCUGAAGCUUGAUCAGUAAGUAUUAUCCUUAUGAUACUUACAUUAUGUUUUUUAUUUCCUAUUAGUACACAUUAGGCUUAUGAUGUAAUCAUGUUUACACGGAGGCACCUUUGCAAACUGGGAAUCCAAAUGUUAGAUUUUAUUGGCAGAUUAUGACACCAAGAUUGGACUGGCCUAGUUUUGAUAAUGGAUGGUUGAAAGACUUUCACAUGGGCGCUGCCAUGACUAUGUUCCGCAACAGGUUCAUUCGUGAUCCUUCUCAGUACCCUAACCCUCGCAUAGCCUUCUUGGAUCAAGAUAUGCUUUCAUCACUAUUGAAAGAUUACAACCAGUUUGCACUUUCUCGAAGAAAUUUCUUGUUCAGAGCCAUGUACUUGGAACACUUCAACGGUACAGCUCCUGUUGACUCGCAGACAAACAAGAAGUGGCACAUUCAUGUGGAUCAUUUAUACGCUUGCUUUUUUGUCAACCAAAAUCAUUGGGUGGCUCUGGAUAUUGACUUGCCAGCUAAAACCAUAUACGUGUAUGUUAGCAUUCCAUCCUUGGUGAAAGAUUCUGAUUUGGUGAAAGAAUGCAUUGCACUUAGGCGAAUGAUCCCUGCAUUGUGAAGCCAAGCAAUUCCUCCACAGGUUCGCAAGAAAAGCUAUGCCAUGCUAGAGGUGAAACGAGUGACACAAGGUGUUCCAUUGACUGAAGAUCCAGGUGAUUGUGGUGUGUUUGCUCUAAAGUACAUUGAGUGGUUGGCCCUUGGGAUAAAAAUUAAUGGGACAUGCGAUAGGAACAUCCUGACGAUUUGGAUAAAACUUGCAUGUGAGAUAUUUGAUGAAGUUGGUGAGGGUCUUGGCCAACAUAAGUCUAACAAUUUGUCUCAACCUAAAGCUUUUAUAAUAUCUCACCUCAUUGAUGAAUCCCUCACUUCAUUGAUGAGUGAGUGAUAGUUUGUUUUUCGGGUUUACAUUUUAUUUUUGUG